ACAGAGGAGAACAAAGCAGCAGAGCUGAAGACCAUGGAGCGAGCCGGGGCAGAAAAUAGACUGUGCUCUUACUUUCCUCGCCUCACACUAUGAGAAAUGUGUCUUAACCAUAACAGCAGGUAACAACCUCGACAUGGAGCCACUAUGGUAGUCACCUUUACAGCAUCUUGUCGGAGCUGUGGAGUUUCCCUCUGCCAAACUGGAGCAACACACACUCCAUAAACAGUUCAGCAGACAGAGAGGACUCUACAGACAUCAUGCCUUCCAGUAAUGUCAGUCAACCCUGCAAACAAGAGAAGGGCAGUUUCUUCAAGCUGAUCGACUCGUUUGCCUGGGAAAUUGGCACACUGAAGAAAGAGAUGGGGAAAAAGCCUGAGCCUGCAGAGGGAGACCACAAGACAGAUACACUCCUUGGGCUGGGUGAGGAGGUGGGAGGUCUCUUCCUGCAGGCAUCGCCUUGCGCUGGGAUUGGUCCGGGACUAGCUCGGGUGAGAGAUUCGGGCUACGACUCCCUCCAUCUCCGGCUCAGUGUUCUGGACAGACUGGUGCAUACACAUGCUGUGUGGUUACAGCUGUGUCUCAGCCACCAGGAUGCCACCAUCAUGCUACAGAACCAGCCCACAGGGAUGUUUGUGGUGAGGAAGUCAGCCAGUCUGCAGAGGAAAGUUAUAUCUCUUCGGAUGGACAAAGACUCUGCAGUUCCUGUCAAAGACUUCCCUGUGAAGGAGAGCCAGUACACUUUCUCUCUGGAGGGAUCAGGCCUGAGCUUUGCAGACCUUUUCCGUCUUGUGGCUUUCUGCUGCAUCAGCAGGGAUGUGUUGCCCUUCACUCUGAAGCUUCCAGAGGCUAUCGCUUCAGCCAGAACAUCUGCAGAUCUUGAGGAGGUUGCUAAACUUGGAUCAGGCUUCUGGGCCGCUCAGUUGUGCCGUAGGAGGAAGGUCUUGUUGUCAGGGGAAGGAACUCCCAACAGACCACCUUCUACUACUCAGGGACCAGUCUUCUUGGCAGCGCCCCCAGGGCGCCCACAGCUUCAAACUCGCACCCCAUCUGAGCUUGAGUGUUGCCAAUCCAACGGAGCGCUGUGUUUCAUCAACCCCCUCUUCAUAAAGGUCCACCAACCAGACGGCGAUUCAAGUGCCACCGCCUCUGGCACAGCAAAGCAGGUGCGGAGGGAGGAACCUAUUAGCAACAACGAAGAAACCAGCCAGGAUACUCAGCCCUGUUGUGGCAGCAGUCCUCAGGUCUGCAGCUCAAAUCACAGUGACAGAAGCCAGUCUGGUCAAAGCGAACUGCACAGCCUCAUCAGAAACACACAGCUACAAGGAGAUAACAGUCAAGCCAACUGCAGUCAGAAGCUAACUGUGUCUCGGUCCCCACCCCCUCGUCCACCUCUACCACGCUCUGUGCCACGGCGCUCAGCCCCCCCUGUCAGACAGCGCAGCAUGCCAGAGAAGAUCUCCUGGAUCAACAUCCCCAAGGAGAAGGUUGAGGAGAGAGAGAGGGGCAGCAGCCUCCUGUCUCGUCUGGGCUCCUCACUAAGCAUCAGCCCCUCAUCCUCCCCUCCCAAGAGAUUCAACAUCAGCUCCCCUAUAUCCAUCUCCCGGCCCUCCCUGCCCCUUUCUCUAACUUCUCUCUCCUCCUCUCCACGUCGGGGCAAGUUGUCACCAUCAUCCAGCCAGGAGGAUGCUCAGUGCCACUUGGCACUGGAGGAGCAGACUAUUGAGAAGGCUCUCAUGCGGGCCAAACUGUCUCAGUGUAAUGCUACCAAAACCACUGUUCAGGUGUCCAGCAGUCCUCCAGAACAUUCAAUGAUGACAACCAGCAAGCAGGCAGAGAAGCAACGAGGAGAAGAAGAAGCAGGUGAGGAAUGUAGUGGAGGUAGCCAGCGGCUGAGCGACAUGAGCCUCUCCACUGAUUCAUCAGAUUCUUUGGAUUUCUCUCAGUCCUCAGCGUUCUUCCUUCCUCCUCUGCAUGACCCUAGCCCCCCCACUGAGGCUGACUUUAACACACACCUCCCCCUCUCCCUCCCCCCAUCCCACAUGCCUUAUGGCAGCAUGGAGGAAGAUGAUGACGAUGAUGACGACGAGGAUGAAGAGGAGCAAGACUAUGGCGUCAGCCUUGAGAGUGAUCAAGACCAGGACCUGACUAUGGUGCCUCCCGGACAUCGCACAAAUCGUCGCCCCAGUGCCAGUGCUUUGGUCCUCCAAAAGGCCCUGCGAGGGCAACUGCGCAAGAUGAGCGGAGUUUUCCACUCACUGCUGACGCCUGAGAAGAGGGCGAUCCGCAGGGUUGUGGAGCUGUCCAGGGACAAAGGAUCAUACUUUGGCUGUCUGGUGCAGGACUACCUGAGCUACAUGGGCGAGGGUGCGGGCACCCAAGCCUGGCAGGGCUACGCCUCUGGACUUGAGCUGCUGCAGACUCUCCGCCAGUUUAUUACUCAAAUGAAGAGCUACCUGAUACAGAGCUCCGAAAUGGAGCCGCCAAUUGAGAGCCUAAUUCCUGAAGAUCAGAUCGACCGGGUCCUGGAGAAAGCCAUGCACAAGUGCGUGUUGAAGCCUCUAAAGCCGGUAGUGAGUGCGGCCCUGCAGGAGUUCCAGGUGAGCAGCGGAGCGUGGCAGGAGCUGCAGGAGAACCUGUCACUGGCCAAGGCACGGCAGCCGCAAGAUGUGGGUGUCGCAGAUAUGCUGCCCCCGGAUCACGUGGCCAUUGAGAAGAUCAAGCACAAGUUCCACACCAUGUGUAAACUGUACUCUCCAGAGAAGAAGGUCACCCUGCUGCUGAGAGUGUGCAAACUCAUCUACACCAUCAUGGAGGACAAUUCAGGUCGUCUAUAUGGUGCUGACGACUUCCUGCCGAUGCUCACCUAUGUUUUGGCCCAGUGUGAUAUGCCUCAUCUGGACAAUGAGAUACUUUACAUGAUGGAGCUGCUGGACCCUUCACAGCUUCAUGGAGAAGGUGGUUACUAUCUGACCAGCGCCUAUGGAGCAAUGUCCCUGAUCAGAAAUUUCCAGGAGGAGCAAGCUGCUCGAGUCCUGAGCUCGGAAACCAGAGACACACUCCACCAGUGGCACCGGCGCCGCACCACCCAGCGCUCUGCUCCCUCCAUUGAUGACUUUCAGAAUUACCUGCGGGUGGCGCUGCAGGAGCUGGACAGUGGCUGCACGGCCAAGACUCUACAGGUCCGCCCUUACGCCACCGUAGAGGAGGUGUGCCAGCUGUGUGGCCAGAAGUUUAAAGUUUCUGACCCUCAGAACUACGGCCUCUUCUUGCUGAUGGAGGGCAGCAGCCAGCAGCUUGCACCGGACACCUAUCCUCAGAAGAUCAAGGCUGAGCUCCACAGCCGCCCACAGGCUGCCCCCUUCCACUUCGUCUUCCGACGUGUUGCCAACAGCAGCACUCUGUCGACAGCUCCCUUCGAUGCUAUCCCCAACCUGAAUGAGCUCAGCAUGGACCUGUCGGACUCCUCCCCCCAACCCCAGCGAAGCUUACGCCUGUGCCCAGCUCCGAUCCUCAGCCUGACAGGGGGCCAGCUGGAAGUUUGAACAGGGGCUUUGUCUCCCUGCUGUGAGAAUAUCACUCAUAAUCUCUAACAAACAUGGUGUCAGCAUACCAAAGGGGGCGAGCAUGUUGAAAGGAUUUAACUGUGCCAAACCGUGCCAGUCUUUACAAGGCCCAACUUCUCCUUUUGGAUGGCACGUCUGUCUCAGUCAACAUCCCCUCACUGGAAAGUUCUUUCCGACAGACUCGGUGAAAGAGGAAAGAAGGGAAGGAAAUGAAAGAGAUUGAGUCUUUUUUAACCUCCUUGGCUUUAGAUUUGGAAUCAGAGCUCUUAAUGUCUAACCACACAUUUAUGGUAGAAAUGUAGGGCAUUAUGUACAGAUUUAUUGAAGACCAUGUGUUCAGUCCUGCCUUAAUGCUGGUGCAUGAGUUGCAGUUUCAGGGUCAGUUUUUAUUGUCGCUACCUUUGAGGUACGGGAAAUCAAAAAUAAAUCUAAUCUUUGAUUCAUCGCUUUAAAUAUAUCAUAGAUUUAUUUAGGUAAUAUGUACUAUUAACUACUAUUUACUUGUUACAGUUGCUGGUAAACUGUAUUUUGUUGUUUAAGUUUUGAAACUGUUCAUGCUUUGGUCUGUUUGAGGGGGUUUAGGUGACACCCAGUGGUGCCUGGUGCACAUAGCAAUCUAAUAUUUGCCAUUAGAAUCAGGACAUUUAAAGUUAAACAGCCACUCAGCUGUACACUUACACUCAAGCAGAAUAUACAUUUGUUAUUUUGUUCUUUGCUGUAUCGGUAGCCCUCCUUAUCUGUAAAUUACAAUCCAGUCAUAUCCAGUCUAUGCACAGGCUCAUGGUUCAUUAACCACAGCCACUUGUUGCUGCAUGUGUUCUCACAGAUCCGAUACAGACUGAAACCUGAAAACACACUUUGAUGUGUUAGAUAGUUUCUUCUUUAAGCAUUCUUACAAGCAGACACAAUUGAAAUGAAUAUUCUUAGAAAUACAACAAUGUUUUGGUAAGAAACAGAUAUUGUGAGUGUUUAUAUAAGAAUUUAUGAGAAUUUGUAAAAUAUUGUUCCUGCAUGUAAUUUGUGUUUUAAGGUAAUGUUGGAAACAGGCAGGUCUGCCAGUGUCAAGAACAAUGUAACAUCCAUGGAUGUAUUUACUCAUUAUCCUGGUGAUAUGAAAGAAACUUGUUGCUUAUUGCUUGUUAACUUUUCCAUUUAGAUUGACAACAUGUAACAGAGAUUGAUAACUGUGUCUAUGUACUACUGACAGAUGAUAGAGGUUUUUGUUGUGCUGAGAAGAAAAGAGGGUAAAUGAAGCUUGUUGCAGCUCCGAGGUCUCGGCCAGGGAAACAAGCUGUGUGGCUGUUUGUGGAGAGAGAAAUGCUGAGAUGGUCUGAGUCUGUGACGCAGUCUGCAUCAGUAAUGACGUUGGUUCUGUCAGGAAACAUUACUUGAAAACGUUUCAGCGAGUGGAGAGGGAAGUGGAAGAUGAUGCGGGUGAAGGAAACCUGUUGGAGCUAGUAGAGAGGUAUUAAUAUCAUGUGUCGUUGUGUAUACAGUAUAGCCUGUACGUAGCUCACCAUGUGUAUCUCCGUGGGCGCAGUGUUCACAGUCUGCAUUGACUCAUACCGCCAUGUUAUUGGCACUGUCUAUCUUUGAUUAAGCAAAUUGAGUAUUUAUAUGUAUCUGUGCAGGGAUUUAUCACAGAUGUUUUUUUCAUGUUUGUAAUAUUCUGUAUUGUGUCAAAGAAAUCUUCCUGCUUAUUAUUUGCCAUUGAACAAUAUCAUGAAUAUUCUUUUGUACUUAAUAAACAUUGGAUCUAGAAUCAU